AUGAAGUCUUCUUCUUCUCAGUUUUACAAAUCUAAGUAGAUUCCAGAUUUAAAUUUAGAAACUAUUAAAAAUUAGAAUGGAUUUUAAAAGAUGCAGAAGCCUUCAAAAUAUGGAACUACUCACUAGAAAAUAGAAAUAUCUAAAGAAUAGUUUUAUGCCAACUACUCUCCAUCUCCUCGAUAAAUAAAUAAAAGCAUUAUUGUAUCAAAAGUGAUUGGAAGUAAUAAUAAUAAUAAUGAGAAAUUAUUAAAUAAUUCUUAAGCAUUUUCACCGAGCAGUGCGAAGUCUUUUGGAACUUAGCCGCUAGUUUUUUCAGAUAGCUCUAGGAUAAUUACAAAGGUAAGCAAAAUAUCAAAUUUUUCUGACUCUCUUUCCUAAUAUGGUGCUUCUACUAACUCUAGAGCAUCAAGUCCAAAUACUUCUACUUUAUCACUUACCAGUGAAAUGAAGAGUAAAUCAGUUCAAUCUAGCCCUAAGUAAAGCAAACAAUCAGAAUUCUUCAAAAAUAAUGAACUUUAUAUUAGAGAAAUACUAUCUUUAGUAAGUAAUGAACUUGACUCUCAUCAUUCUGAGUUAAAGCAAUAUUUACAUGCUUAUGGGAUGUCAGGAGAAAUUUUUACAUUUUAUCUAAACCGCUUUUUGGAAAAUUCUUGUGGAAAAGACGGCAACUCUUAGAUAUUCUUUAAAAUAAAUGACAUGAUUUACUACAAGACAGUUAGUCUGCUCUAAACAAACGCCAACUUCGCACCUAUUUUAGAAAAGUUAGAAUUUAAUAAGCAUAAAAUUCUACCUCAGACUCUCAUGGAAUAGAUUUGCACAAGAGAUUUACUAAAAUAAAUAAUACAAAAGGUAUAUGAAGAAGCAAAGAAUUCCACUUUUAUGAGUGAAUAUUUUACUUACGAUAAAAUGAUAAAUACUGAAAGUGCUAUACAAAUCUUAGAAGAUGCUUUUGUUGGAAAUGUAAAUGAACUCUAAUCAUUAGUCAAUACAGUCUUUGGAAAAAAUAAAUUCACACACACUUACUUCUACUUCUUCAAAAACUAGAUUAAUAAUGCUCUCAAAAAGCAAUAAAUUCCUAAAAUAUUAAUAUUCAAAAUAUUAGAGAAGAUCGAAAGUUUGAGGUACUUAAUAGUAGAAGAUCAUGAAUGUCUAUCAUUUAAAUCUGAAAUAGAAAAAAUAGUCUUUCAAACCAUCUAGCAGAGCCACAUAACAUAAAAGAUACCAAUUUUUGCUUAACUUUAAGCUGAAUAAUUAUUAGGGUUUGCAUCUGUCUUUACUAAGAAUUUGAUUUUCUAUCCUGAAAUACAAAUCAUUAGGAGGCAUAUCAAAGCUUUAGUUAACGAGUAGAAUUUACAAGUCUUUUUGAUAGAAUAGAUUUGCUAAGCUAUUACUUAGUUUUUGCUAAAGAAAGAAGGUUUUGAUGAAUCGAUUCAUGAAAUUUCAAUCAGAAAAGAAAAAUUACUUCUCUCUCUCGAAUUAUAGACUCAUCUAAUAUCUAAUCAAAAUAUAAUAAAAGAACUUAUUGACAUGAUCAAAAAAGGAGUAAAAAAGGAAAAACAUAUGAUCGAUGAUUUAAAAAUAUUAGAAAAUCCUACUUUAAUUCAAAGCUAUCUAGAACAGCUUAAUUCACCAUAUAAUUGCACAUGCAUAAAAGAUUGGUUUGGGAGUGUAUAAUUACUGUAAGUAACCUCUUGGUAAAUAGGGAUCUGGUUUCGUAUUUUAAAGACCUCAAUAGCGAAGCUAAAACUAAAUCAUCAGACUCAGUUUUUAAUAGAAUAAGAAUUAAAUUACAUAUCAAACUAUCAAUGA